AUGGCAAGUUACGAUUCUUUGAAGGAUGAUUUGCGCAGUUACCUGCAUUCCCUUCAAAAGGAGUUCCAGGAUUCAGACCAUACGUCUGAAAGGGUGAUAAAGGUUCUACGUGAAUCAUUGGAUUUUUUUGAAAAGGGCACCUCCUGGAACGGUCCUCCACCCACUCCACAAUUACAAAGUUUCUUUCUGAAAAAACUAUAUGGGAAACAUUUGAGCUUCAUCAUUGAAAAUGUCCUAUAUGAAGGGUUUGAUGCUCGCAUGCGAACACAACAAGAUAAACUUAUCGUAGAGUAUUUUAUUCCCACCGGAGAAAAGAAUUCACAAAAGUUGAAACGUGCAAGCAUUUCCUUGCGAGUAUUAGUUACACAUUUCACACUUUCCGAAGUUGAUCAACGACAACAACGAGCUCAUCAGCUGGUGUCUAUCCGAAAACUCAUAAUAUUACUGCUAAGAGCCUAUUCUUUUGAAGAAUUUUACGAUGCGAUACUGAACGAUGCGGAAAUCGAACAAAAUGAAAAACGUGCGGAGUGGGUAGAAUUCGUGAACCUCAUCUGCUCAGUGCCCGAGAGGUCAGCGAAUCUAAUGGCAUUGAAGGAGAAUCAUCGUAACAUUGGAUUACAGGAGGAAACCACCGAUCUAGAUGACUUGUAUCCUGGGUUGGAGGGUUGUUAUCCAAAAUGUGUAGGAUUGGUCAUUCAAGUGCGUCGCGGUGGUGUACAUGAGUUCUUGCGUUUUCCGAAUAAUACACUCUACCCAUUAUUGUCGAAACGUCUUAGCCUUCCCUAUGGGAGUAUUUACCAGGACAUUUGGCAUCGCUUGAUCGCGACGUUUCUUCCAUACACUUUAGAAACAUUUCUCUCAUCUUUAUUCCUGCAUGUGCAAAAUCACGAACUUUCCAAGAUAAUCAAUCCCGCCUCUAUUGAGAAUGAAUCUCGUUAUCGGAUUCGGAGGGUUGCCAAGGUGAUUGGAUCACUUAUUGGAAAAUCAAAUAGUGAGGCGGCAUCUUAUCUGAUCAAAUAUAAAUAUUUCGUUGGAGGAAAAACUUUCUCUGUAACGAUUUUACGGGUUCUUUGUUGUUUCUUGAGUUGGGGAUAUCUACAUAGGCAGCCACGUGACGAAAAUGGUGAAGCAUUAAGAUUGGGAGUGGAUGACGAUCUCACCGGUCUACUCAAAACCCUCAUAUCUUCAUGGUCCGAUCCUACAUUUGUCAAACACGGAUCGAUCACUAAUCAAAUGUAUUUGACCAGUGCAAUUCUCAUAAUAUUCGGCUACCUUCCCAAGGAGACAUUGAUUAAGGCGGCGAUUCCCAGGGAAAUCACGUUGGGUGUUACCCAUUGGUUGCAGAGUUCUUCCGGAGAAAUGCGGAAAUUGGGAAUGGUCACGGCUGAAGUGCUUUCAGGAUUGAUCGACGAGCCGGACAACAUUUUGAAUUUUGGUGUAAUUUCAGAAGAUGAGAUUAAUCACUUAAAACAGCUAAUCGAAGUCAAGGAUGGCGUUGUUGAUCCUGGGAUCAUAGAAGAGGAAUUCUCGGAAGAUGUGAUAGAAUCACAUGAGAUCAAAGAAUUUCAAGAGGGCACGGAGGAUGAGCGAUCUAAUAAGAUUAACGAUGAGGACAUCGAACCUUUGGGCAAAGAAGAUAAUAAUACAACGGUUAACGAGCAGAAGGUAGAUUCUGAUGAUGAAGAUGAUUUCGAGCCAUAUCCGAUGGAGGUUGAAAGUGAGAAUGAGGAGGAUGAAGACGAUCCUGCCCCUCAGGUCAGAAAAAAGAAAGUCUUGGCACCAGUUUAUAUUAUAGAUCUGAUCUCAUAUCUAAAGUCUGUUGAGGAUUACGAAAAAUUGGAGAUCGCGAUCAAUAAUGCAGGAAAAUUGAUCAGAAAUAAAACAGGAUUCGGGAUGGAGCUGGAUGACAACGCGGAGGAACUGGCCAGAAUUAUUAUCAGUUUGCAAGACAAGUUUGAAUUAAAAGGAUUUGAGGAAAAUAGGCAGGAUGCAUUGGUAGCGCUUUCUUGUGGAAGCCCAAAGAUCGUUGUGCCGUACAUUAUUCAGCAAUUAUUUGAGAACCGAUAUUCACUGUCCGACAAACUCAUGAUAUUAUCAGUAAUAUCGAGUUCGGCGAAAGAACUGGCCGGAAUACAGACUCAAGAGGACGUGUCCAACAGCAAAAAGUACUAUAUCGCUAAUGAUAUAACCGAGGAGUUCAAAGAUCUUAGCAUCUCCACCUUAAAACUACCUACCACAAAUAUUAAGGAAAACCGAUUCUCACGUAGACCUCAAUUGGAGGCUUUGCGUCACAACUCAAUUAGAACAAAUAAAUUUAACGAAGUUGCAGCCAAAACUUUCUUCUUUCCCUUGACAGCUGGUUUCUGGGCGCUUAUUCACGACCGUGAACGAAACAAUCUAAUAUAUGAACCUACAUUGUUGCAAAGAUACAUUGUAACUUUGGCAGUAGUUGUUCAAUGCUCUGUGAAUACUGUUAAUCUUCAGCAAAUCAUUCGAGAAUUUUGGGAUUUAUUAUUAUCUUUACGACAUCACGAUGAUCCAGCUGUGCUAUCAGCAUUGUUAUUUGGCGUGAGCGUCAUAAUAAAUUCCUUGCCGGGACGCGAUCUGGCGGAAGCUUUUGGAAAGGAGCUGGUCGAAACUCAGCAAUGGAUCAAUGCGAUAUUCGAAAAUAGGGUUAACAAUGAAGUUCGAUCCAUGGCGGCAUGGAUUUCAGUUGAGAUCAAAGGCGUUAUCUCAGAGUAUCAACGAUUGUUGAUCGGUGAUUUAUUACCUCUCACAUAA